AGUCAUUGCUGAGAGAAGUGGGGCUUCAUGAUGGAAGCUACUUACUUCCUUCGUGUGAUUCUGGCAGCUUUUGUACUGUUAAAAACAUCUCAAGCAGCAACAUUCAGUUUUGGGAAAGGUGGUUUUGCCGCAGCUAUUCAGUACGUUGUUCCAGGAUGGGAGCAAGGGAAAUGCUUUGGAAAGUGGGAGGAGGUGACCCCCUUUCUCAGAUUGACAUCUGACUGUGAUAAGCUAUACCGACUGCUGCCGAGUGGAAAACUCAUGGUCGAAGACUCUAGCCCCCCUGUGUGUGUGGGUGGUAGGAGGAGAGAUGAUUAUAGAUUGAAUUACCAUCCCUGUGAAGAUAUCGAGAACGGGGUCUUCAAUUACUGUGGACCCGCUGGAUUCAUUCUUAAGGAAGUAAACACAGGUCGAACCGUUACCUACAGGCAAAGGCACUUCAAGGAGCGUAAAGUUCUCACGCUAAGGGCAAAUAAUCAAUGUGGACUUCAAGAAGCUCAAUUAGUACACCAAUUUCUUGUUCCAGGAGAAACUUAUAUCAACACCAUAGGGAUGACUAUGAACGCAAACCAGUUCGCCCAAAAGUGCAGUGAGUUAUUCGGAAGAAGAGUUUGUACACGGGCAGAAGUGUGCCCAAACGGGCCACGUGAGCAGAGUCUUAUCACUACCGGACAAGGAGGUGGUGAACCAAUGUUUAUUUACGAUGGUCGCUCGAUAAAGCCAACUACGUGUGAAGUUGUAGAAACAAAAAAUACUUUCUACGGCAUGUGUUGUCCAGAGAAGUUCCCGACCCCCAAGUCAUACUCUAAAGAAGGUGUUGGGAUCAUUAUUCACCAGAGCGGAAAGUGUAUAAACGUGAUUGACGGCCACGUCAAGUUGAAGGAUCAAUGUUCUGGUUCGAGUGCAGCAUUGCAAUGGGCCUCAGACGGUUCUAUAAGACUUCUGGAUGAUUCAAAUUGUCUCAAGCAGGAAGACAUUGGCUCCGAAUCAAAACUUGUCAGCCGUGACUGCAGUGGUGAUAAGGCACUUUUCCAGUUUACAAAGGACAAUUACCUUCAGGACUUGAAAACCAGUCGAUGCUUGGUCCCUGACGCCGAGUCAGAUGAAGGAAAAAUAAAUCCAGUUGAGGACACAGAGCUCAUGUUAAGGGACGAGUGUACGUCUGUUGGAUCCUUCUUCAAAUUUCAAGUGCUUGAGGGGCUGAUAAAGAAUGUUGGCAACCGUAAAUGCGUUGCCGCGGUAACAGUAGAAGGCAGUCAAGAUAUGCAGCUAACACUUCAGGAGGACUGUGACCUAGGCCGCCACAAAGUCAUCAUGCCUAAACAAAAUUCAACAGUUCAAUUCAUGGUCAGCGGUAAAUGCCUGUCAGCGGACGUCGAGAAUAGUCAGGUUACAGUGAAUGACUGCCCGGCAACGGUAGAUGCAGGCCACCAAGCGUGUUUCAAUUACAAAGGCAGCAAGUUAAGGCCAUGUAAUGAUGACAGGAAGUGUAUCGUGGUCAGCGGUAACACCCUCGCGGUCAGUACUUCAUGUGGCAGGCCUGACUCAUCUUUCCACAUUGUGGAUGUGCAAACCAAAUGCGAUACCGAACAAUGCAAAUGCGGUGAUGGCUUUCUGAGAAAGGGGGCAGCGUGCCUCCCGAUAAAUCCCUGUCAUGGAGCAAACCGAGGUGGCUGUGAAGGUAGAGCCAUUUGCGUGUACACGGGCCCUGGAAAAAGCAUUUGCAGGUGUCCGGCUAGUUACAAGCUAGACGAGAGCCAGGCGCGAUGCACAUUAUGCCCAGAUGGUAACUGUUUUGUGGGUUGUGAUUUCUACAAUGACGAAGAACUCAAGACUGCUUUAAGUCAACAGGACUCUAUAGUACUUCGGUUUGCAUAUUUGAAGACCUCGGAUUUAGCAGACUACGUUCAAAAGACCUCCGCACAUCAAGACGUUGUAGUUUACACCCAGCAUCUUGUCGUUCAAGGGUAUCUGGAGUUAAAGAACAAAACUAGACUUGCAAUUUUUGCGAGGGAAGUUACUAAAGAAGAAGGUGCUCAAAUUAAGCUAUUCGCUAUUGAUCCCGAAGAUACACCUUCAGAGUCCGAUUAUCGAAGGUCCGUUGCCCAAGUAGCACACGGCGAAUUCAAGUGCGAGGACAAUUACUAUAAUCCAACUGGGGACCAAGUAACAGCAGGUGCUACUAUCACUAUCUACCAAGGAAAUAGCGGUUCUCCUUUCACUUGCUCGGCAAACUACAACGUCUACCCCCUUGUUACACUAGAAAAUCUUGAAAAAAAGAAGAUGUUGAAACAUGCUUUGGAUGUUGAGUUCCUUCUUCUAAGCUUAGCUUGCGCCAAGGUGAUGGCCCAAGACAGAAAUAUCUACCUUACAAAGGACGGCAAACAUUCUCUAAUUGCAAGCGAGCCAAUGCAGAUAAUAGAGUAUGUAAAGGAGCAAGUUAAGUUUUUUCGUGAUGCACCAGAACUGACAACGCAGGAGACCUCUGAUUUGAAUGGUGUUGGUCUAGCAGCGACUGAAUUGCGAGAGAGGUUACUUGCACGCGCACAGGGAGUUACAUUUGUGCCAUACCUGUCCCUAAAGGCAUACGAGAAACUUCUAGUUUUACUCAAAGAUGACGCAAAGCUGGCAAUAAACCAAUACGAGAGAUACCGGAAAACCUCAGAAGGCCUGAAACACAGAAUUGAUGCCACGAAGUCUAUGACACACAUCAUGACAGCAAUUGUCCGCUCAAAUGAUUUCAACAUUGAGGCAAUGAAACGCGAGCUUGACAAAACAAUAGAAGACCAAAAGCUCCUGAGAGAAAAGCUGAAGGAAGCGGAAACUUCUCUAGAGGCAGCCAGGAAAGUAUUUGAGAAUGAGGUGGAGGCCUACAAGACAAAAAUGAUAGUAAACGCUGUAUUUUCUAUACUCGGAGCAAUCACAGGGGCGCUAACAGGGGGGUUUAACACAGUCGCUGCUGUUGGAUCAGUUGCAGAUGAAAUGACAAAGUUUGCUCGGAUCAUAAUCAAGAUAGGAGCAAUAAUGGAAACGAUUGGAUCAGUUGUUGCUCUUGCUGAAACUUUUAAAGACUUCCAUUACGACCAAAAACCGUACAUCACUACAAAUGCCGAAGGUUACUACAAGGAGAGAAAAAUUGUAGAUGCGAAUGAUGAGAGCUUUGCCGUCGCGGUGAAAGAUUGGGACGUCAUGGUUGCAGAAGCAGAGGGUGCACUUGCGAUUGGAACUGCGGCAAAUGAAAUUGGGGGCACUGGGUCUUACCUUGCUGCUUUGAGGACUGUUGCCAUCUGGGGCAAGGCUGUCCAUGAAAAAUCAAUUGCAAUGAAAUCCCUCGUAAACAAGCUAAGUAGUUUGACUUCACUUCAGAAAGAACAGCACACGGCGGAAGGGAAAAUAGGACAAGCAAUCGUCGAAUCGGAAAACUUGGGUAGAGUCAAUGGACAACUUCUUAUUCAAAUGGGUCUUCAGAAGGAACGUCUUCGGUUUGCCAUGGUGGAUACAUUGAUGACAUUUUGUGAUUCCUACUUUUAUAACUGGAUGGCCGAGUGCCCUGUUCAACCUACGUUGUCUGAUGAUCUGUUCUCAUUGCACAGCAAAGUAAAUGAAGGUUUGAGCGCAGUCGUCAACGCCGUAGAAAGCUUUGCGCCGUUCACUGCACAGCAAUUUGAAGCGACCAAAGUGAUCAGUAACACACCCGUGUGCAACAAAGGGGAUGGGAAAGAACACUAUCCAAAACCAGAUGUUAUCCCGACACUGACCCAAUGCCAGCCGAUUGAUAAACUAAAAGAAACUGGUACUUUCCUGUAUAAUCUAGAGCGAGACGACAAGGACGUGUUGAAAGGAUACGAGCGAGUACACGUCGAAGAGUUGGAGGUCUACCUUGAAGGCGCUACCAUCGACGAAGGAAAUCCCAUCACCAUCUUCAUCUCCUUCAGCGGAUACAUGAACGAAGUCUUCGAGGGCAAGGAUUACCAUUUCGUUACACCACCAAGAAUCAUCGUAUUCUCCUACUUACCCGGGGAUAACCCUAAAAUUGUUCAAUUCGGCAGAGUCGCUGACAAAUUUGAGGAGUAUUAUGACGGAAUUUCAGCUAUGACGUUAUGGUCCAUCACAGUGCCAAGAGAGGAAAACCACAGCAGUUUGAAUACUGCAGGCGUCACCAGCGUUGUUAUGAAGUUUAAGGGAAGCCGUGUACAUAAAAGAGAAGAGGAGAUAAUGACUGUCGCCGAUGAAAAGAAGAAGUCAAAGAUUAAGAAGACAAAGGCUGAGGGAAAGAGAAAGAAGAAAAGGAAAAGAAGAAAGGAAGAAGGGAGAAUUGGAUUCAGUCGUCGUUUGAGAUACGGCGGAGAGAGAAUGGUGGCGAUCAGUGGCUGAAAUGCAGGAUAAACUGGGAAAUGUGAAGAAAACAAAAUACGUUGAUUAUUAAUAAUCUAAGUAAAAAGCUUAAUGAGAUUGCAUGACAGGUAUAUCAGGGAUGGCUUUUCGCUAAAAUAUUUUCUUGGUCUUUGGAAUACGUUGCAAAAUAGGCUUAAGUUAUAUAUGAGAUUACAUAACCGAUUACAUAACGAACUGCCUCAAAUCAAAUGAAAAUAACUCAAAUCAAAUGAAAAUAAAAUUUCCCUAAUCUUAAAAUAUUGUUUUAACAAAUAUUCCAGAAAUGUGUUAUCCACAAGCAGCAGAUUGUAACUUUUUCAAAGUUGCCCGUGUCACAAUAGUAACAAACAAAGACUUGAACUAAACUGAACUAAAGAACUAAAAUGUUAAAUAGCUUUUCUGUGAGCAACACCCCUGAUAUUCUGAUUAAUUCAAUGUAUUUAUGUCGCGUAAAUGAAAUAAAAGAAAAUGAAAACAAGA